UAGACGGGCAGUGUGUGAGGUAGGAGAGACGCAAUGAGGAGGCGGCGGCAGUCUGGGGGGAGCACAUGAAUCACCCCACCCCCUCCGUGCGAUCAGACAGGGGAGGCCGGUGCUUUGUUGCGGUGGUGGCCGAGUGUUUAUCGCCGCUUCUCCCGGGGACAGGACACGAUGGCUCAGCCGUGAAAGGGGCGCAGCCCGGGGGACUCCGUUUUCUCCCCCCGGCUGGAGGAUGCUGAGUAACAGGCUGCCCAUACAAGAGCGCACACACCUCACAGCUGGAGGCCGAACUCCAUCUUGGUGUCAUCUUCGAAAUCUUUUCACCUUCAGAAAUUUCUAAAGCCCCUACAUCUGUGGAUAAAGAUGGUGUUUGCCCAUGGAAUGGAUGUCCAGCGGCCUCGGCUCAUCCUACCUACCCUCCUCUAUCCGAUGCCAAAUAAUAGUCUGACCACCUGCCCAAUGUCAGCUGGAGAACCAUGGAUCCCAGGACUUUACAAAGACAGCACCAUGGGGCAGAGGAACAUUACUGGUCCAGUCCAACUUCUAUUUCCUGGAGAGGUAGCAACGGCUGGUUUGAUCUUUGGGAUUAUAUGGAUCCUCUCCGUGUUUGGCAACGCUUUGGUUUGUCUCGUCAUUCACCGGAGCCGUCGGACCCAGUCAACAACGAAUUACUUUGUGGUGUCUCUGGCAUGUGCAGAUUUGCUGCUUAGCCUUGGUAGCGCCCCUUUCACACUAUUACAAAUCACGUCUGGUCGAUGGGCAUUGGGCAGCGCCAUGUGUAAAUUGGCACGUUAUUUCCACUACCUGACACCAGGAGUCCAGAUCUAUGUACUUCUGUCAAUCUGCCUUGAUCGUUUCUACACCAUCUUGUAUCCUCUGAGCUUUAAGGUCUCUAGGGAAAAAGCUAAAAGGAUGAUUGUGGCUUCGUGGCUCUUCGAUGCCGCCUUUGUUUCUCCAGCGUUCUUCUUUUAUGAUGUUGUGGACGGACACUGCAACUUCUUCCCACCUCCGUCCUGGGAUGGGGCAGUGUAUGGUGUGGCCCAUCUUCUGGUGGGCUUCCUUGUGCCCUCUGCUCUCAUCCUCCUCUUUUACCAGAAAGUAGUGAAAUAUAUUUGGCGCAUUGGCACUGACAGGCUGAGUGUCAGACGCACCAUGAACAUUGUACCCAGAACCAAAGUCAAAACCAUCAAAAUGUUCUUGAUGUUAAAUACAAUAUUCCUGGUAUCAUGGUUGCCCUUCUAUGUUGUGCAGUUGUGGCAUCCGGAAGAGAGUGACCAGCGCCAGUGCUGCCUUGCCUAUCUAGCAGUUUCCUGGCUCUCCUUCGGUUCCUCGGCUGCCAAGCCAACCCUGUACUCUGUAUACAAUGCCAACUUCCGACGUGGCAUGAAGGAGACCUUUUGUAUGUCAUCCAUGAAGUGUUAUCGGAGCAAUGCUUACACUAUCACCACCAGUUCCCGCAUGGCAAAAAGGAACUACGUUGGCAUAUGUGAAAUGCCCAUCCCGGGCAAAACUGCAGUCAAGGAAUCGGUUUAUGAUUCAUUUGACCGGGAAGCUAAAGAGAAAAAACUGGCUUGGCCCAUCGAUUCCAACCCUCCGAAUACAUUUGUGUGAUUGUUCCUUUCCUGUACCAAACAAGAUACCAAUACAAUGCCCGCAGUUCUGUGCUUGACACAGAUGCCAAAACUGGAGAUCAACCACCAGAGUGGCAAUUAUUGGACUCCAGGUCUUACUGGGUUAUAUUUUUGUUUAUUUAAAAAUAAAAAUAAAAUAAAAAAGGAAAUAAUAUAAUAAUAAUAAGUAUUUUAAUUGAAGCAAUAUUUAUUUUAUCACACUUGGAAAAUUGAAAGAGAAAAACAAAAUUGACUUCUGAAAAUUCCGGAUUUUGGUUCUGUAUAUAAAAUAGAUCUGAGUAUAAAAAGUCACACACAGACCCAAGGUUUUUCCACGGCUCGGUCUGGUCUGCGUUACAGUGUUGCAUUAUAGUCUCAUUUGCUGUUGUCACGGUAACAUUGUAUCAUGUUUAUUUUUGGUGCAAUAUAUCGGAAAGGAGCCCCUUGGAAAUGAAAUGACUGUUCUUUUGUAGUAAACAACCUGCCGUCAUAAUUGUCGUGGUCAGUCUAGAUUACUGGAAAGAACCGUCGCCUGACCAGAGUAACAGCGAGGGGCACCGUCCUGUUCAGAUCUCCCUGUUCCUUGUCUUGUAAGAUCAUCACUUGUUUAGAAAAGGGCUAAAUUUCAACAAAAUAAUCCAUACCAUUAGACAGAUUUUUGCCAUAGUUUAACUCAGUUCUUUUCUUUUCUGUUUUUUUUUUUUUUUUUGUUUAGUUUUUUAUCAUUCUAUGUGUUUAUCGGAUAAUGGGAUACUGCAAGGUUAGGUGGAAGAACGUAAUUAACAUGAUUGUGAUUAUUAAAGGGCUUGUCCAGGGUUCUGCUGAUAAUGGUAUGGCUACAUGCCGACACUGGUCGCG